AUCAAGCGCCCGUUCCACUUCGCUUGCAGCCAAGGGUCUUCAUGGACAAUGCUGCCAGGAUUUGACCGCAGAUUAUGUUUUGGUUGCAGGAUAGACUCCUUUGAUCAGGCGCAUCUAUUCCUCAUGCGCAGCAUGCGCUUGGGGGAUCUCCCUUUUUCAGGAGUAGAAGAGGACUCCAUUUGCUGAGACUCCUUGCUGCUUGCUUGACCAAAGGGCGAAGAGUACACCAUUCGAUCCCCGCUAGCCGGAGAGGUUUGCUGUCUUCCACCUCCACAUACAUCCUGCAUUCAUUAGAACGAUGUGGCACUAAAGACAUGUACGGUUCUACAAGACAAUUGAGGGUUUUGCAACGAUAUCAUAGAUUGCAGUAGAAUAAUCGCCCCCCUUUGUGGGGGCAUAGAAAGCCAAGAUGGUGGACACAAGUCCCAGCAUCGGGGGGCAAUUCAGCAGUCAUGUUGAUGACCCGCAGCAGGCUGGUGCCUUAAUGUCAAACAACGCGCUCCGCAACUCCACUGACAAACCUCCCAGGACACCGCAAAAGGAGUGGCUGCGCGCCACCCCCCCUCCCAGGACCCUCCUGGUGACCCCCCGGCAAAGGCCCCGUAUGUCUGAUUCUUCCCCUGAGCAAGCAGACAGUCCGGUAAGGACACAGGCAAACAGCCUCCGUGACAGAGCCCCUGAUGACCAGGAGAAUGAUCGUAGGUCAGCGCACCAGAGUGCAUCCACGAGCUACUACUCUAGUUAUCAGCAGAGAGCUUAUGAAGGGCACAAUAGCUUCCUGCGGGGGAGCUGGCAGCCAAACGCUUCAACAAGUUUCCAGCCAUCCCCAGACAGGCGGGGCAGCUCCAGGGUUGCUUCUCCGCUUGUGGGGGGUGUAGCUAAUGGAAAUAGCGGGGCCACUUAUAACAACAGGGGGACAACUUAUACUGAUAGUGCGGCAACUUAUAGCAGUAGCGUAGGCACUUAUAGCAAUAGCGGAGCAGCUUACAACAACAGUGGAGGCGCCAAUAGCAACAGCAGCAUCAGUUAUGGCAGCGGCAGCCUUCAGCCUCUCAUUUCUCAAGGAUCCAGGUAUGCAGAACAUCCUACCAGCCAGGGGGGAUCUAGCCACUUGGGGGGCAUGCAGACCCCGCUAUCGCCUAAGUGGGGAAAGGCCAGCGGAGCAGCGACGCCUCGAGCGCCAAUCCCUGAAAGUCUAGAAGAGGGUCCAGAGGCGCAGAGUGGCAGCAGGCAGACCAUGGUUCAGUCCGCCCCACCUGCGACGAAGUCAAUGAAGAGGGUCGAGACCAAGGUCCAGUCUGCGAUAGGCGCAUCGUCCUCAGACAUGCUGUUCAGUCGUUUUGCGCCCCCGUGGCUCAAAGACUCGUCCCUUGUGCAAGAAAAGGUUGUGGUGGGUGGACGGAAGGGCCGGCGAGAGUCGAGAUACGCGGCAGUGACCAACAAAGAGCUGGUCCUGGUCACGAUUGCGAAACGGGGAACCGUCGUCCGGGAGAUGGUCAACGUGCUGGACAUAGUCACCAUAGAUCAUUUUAAAGACAAGCCGCUCCCUCCGGUACACCAGACGCUGUGCCGGCGUGUAUUGCACCCCUUCACGCUGCACUGCAUCUGCCACGUGUCAGUCGCUCCGAUUGACGAAGACUCCGAGCACGACGAGCACCACGCGGCCGGGCUGGCGCUGAACCUCGGGCCUGAGAACAAAGCGCUGGAGCUGUUUACGGGCUCAGGCUCGCGGCUGCAGUUCGUGCUGUCGAGCGUGUGCUACAACGCGCUGGUGGACCAGAGCCGCGCGGGGGAGGUGAACGUGGGCGGCCGCGAGGAGCACCACGACGAGGCCGCCAUGAAGGCGCUGUUCUCGGAGCUCAAGUCGGAGCUGCUGGUGGCGCACUCGAUCCCGGACAAGCUGAAGCUGUUCGAGGAGAUCGGCUCGGCGGGCGAGCACAGCACGCCCAUCAAAAAGCUCUUCUUCGAGUCGGGUGUCUUCUCGCGCCUGCUGGACGAGAUGCGGCUCACCAAGCUCAAGCAGAAAGUCAUGGUGGAGCUGCACAGCGGGGAGGGCACACACGCCCAGAACGCGUCAUCUGGAGGCAAACCUUCCCCGCAAAAGUCGUCGGGGAACAAGAUCCGGGAACCGGGGACUCCCAAGCAGUUCGGCCAGGCCACGCCGGAGCCCAUCACCCCCCGGCGAACGAUCCUAGGAAUCCGGAACUCGAUGAGCACUCCCCUGGGGGGCAGAAUCUCGGGCGACUCGACCCCCUCGACUCCAAAACUUGAAGGGGUGUAUAGGUACGGCCAUGGGCCGCAAGCAGUCAGGGGGGUAAACGCUUAUGGGAACGGGGCCCCCUGGAAGGAGGGCGACCGGCGAUCGUCUGAUUUGGACGGCAGUUUGACCGGAAGGGGCGGCGAGAGCGGCGGCCGGACUCUGCGCGCGCCGUCGGUGCGCGAGUGCGCGGCCGCGGUCGAGGGGCUGCAGUAUGUGGUAACGCUGCUGGCGUGCCUGACGAGCAUGCUGUCCAAGAGCGAGGCGAUCGCGGCGCGGCAGUCACUGCUCACCCCUCCUCGCCACUACUCGUUCCACUCCAUGCUGGCCACGCUCAUGGAGGACUUCCCCACCCCGCCGGGACUGCAGGGCGCGCAGCGGCAGGUCGCGCGACAGCUGUCAAAACAGAUCCUGGACCUGCAGGCGGGCGUGCUGUUCCACCUGCUGUCCAUCUCGGACCAGGCCGCGCUCGGCAAUUCCAAGUACUCCCGCGACUACUUGCUGUACUACGUGAUUCGCGUCCCCGGGUUCAACGAGCGCAAGCUCAGCCUGCUCUUCCGGCGCCUCGUGGAACUGCUGUACAGCGAACGGAGCGCCGCGACGGGGGUGUUCAAGGCGGGGGCCGCAGUUAUGAUCUCCAUCUAUCAGCACGCCACCCUGCUGACGUGGAUCUGCGAACGCUCGUCUUCGGCGCGUUCCACGCUGACUGCCACGUGUAGCGAAGACAUCAAGUACAGACUCGGGAACCCGCAAAUUUUUGGGCAACUGGAUCUUAGGUACCGAAUAAACGAGCGAAGUAGAGACCUGGUAAACAGGCUCCUGAAGGCACUGGCUGGUGGAGUAACAGAGCGGACUUGAAGUUGGAGGUUGAUCUACAGGAGAAAGUGGUUAAUGAUUGACUACCAGGACGCGUAUGUGAGAUGACCUCAGAACCAGAACGAUGGCCCGAAUCUAGUCCGGACAAAUGCCCGCAGGUCCUAUGUCCAAGGACUGGGCGUCGGAGGUGCAAGAGUAGAUGCACCCUACGUUCAGCUUUCCCGUCAAUCGUUACCCUUGCGAUUAGAG